GUUAUGAGCAACUUCCAGGUAGUAUUGCCAGGUCACGGUCAUCCACCAAUGAGUCAACGGGAUUUUCAUCCUCCCGCCUCUUCCGUUAUUGCCGAGGGUGUGUCCACGGUGAUUGACAGACUGAGCGUGUAAAAUCCAUUUCCCAUGCUGUGCUUUGAAAUGCAGAACCGAACCACCUCUCCCGAGGAAAAGGGAAGCAUUUUUACUCCAUACAUGUUCUUCUGUAACUUCGAAGAACCAGCAUUUGGAGAAGUAAACCAGUUAGGAGGUGUAUUUGUCAAUGGCAGACCACUGCCUAAUGCCAUUAGACUGCGGAUAGUCGAACUGGCCCAACUGGGGAUUCGACCCUGCGAUAUCAGUAGACAGCUCAGAGUUUCACACGGUUGUGUCAGUAAAAUUCUGGCUCGGUACAACGAGACCGGUUCCAUAUUGCCCGGUGCGAUCGGAGGCAGCAAGCCCAGGGUGACCACCCCCACAGUGGUCAAACACAUCCGGGCGUACAAACAGAGGGACCCAGGGAUUUUUGCGUGGGAGAUCCGAGACAGACUCUUGGCUGAUGGAGUCUGCGAUAAAUACAACGUCCCUUCGGUGAGCUCCAUCAGCAGAAUCCUACGCAACAAGAUCGGAAACUUGUCGCAACAAAACAAUUACGAAUCGAGUAAAACUCCAGCGCAUCCGUCCCCGCAGUCGGCUCUCCAGUACAAUGCAAUUUAUUCGUAUUCGAGUCCCAUCACAACAGCCGGAGCUAAAAUGCCAACGUCGCCCGGUGUGCCCGCAAUCCCAGGACACGUGGGAAUUCACAGGACCUGGCCUUCAUCACACUCUGUCUCUGACAUCCUGGGGAUUAGGGCAAUUAUCGAGCAGCAAGGUGCUAUUCCCAUUAGUGACAGUUCUUCCUAUCCUACUAAAGUGGAGGAGUGGAACAGUAUAAACAGGAGCCACUUCCAGUCCUCAAACCAGGCUGCAGUGAAUGGACUGGACAAGUCCCCAUUGGAGCAGGAAGUCAAGUACACUCAGGGUCCUAAUGGUCUGCCUACAGCUAGCAGCUUUGUGUCUGUUCCAAGUAUGGCUCCUUACCCUCCACCUACACAAGUAUCUCCCUAUAUGACAUAUAGUGCAGCUGCCUCCAGUUACAUGGCAACCCACGGCUGGCAACAUGCAAGUGGCAGCACACUACCAACUCACAGUUGUGACCUUCCCACACCAUUGCCAUUCAAAAGUGUUCAAGCAACCAGAGAAGGUAGCCACUCCAUUGUAGCCUCUGCAUUGUAGUAAUUAAUUACAUUACAAAGCAGAUUAGUGCCAGCAUAACAUUAAAUAAAGUAUUUUGGUACAGACAUGCAUGUUUUAUGGAAAUUCAAAAACUUCAUUUUUUUUUGUUCAAUGGACUUUGAAUCUCCAUGAAAUACUAGCCCCACCCCUCACUUUAUCACUGGAACCCAGACUUUUGUAGGACACAGGUAAUAACACAAUUGGCAUUUAAAGAAUAUGAAUGCCAGGAUGAGUGCAUAAUUAUGUCCCAGGCUAGAGAUGAAAAAUACAAGAGAAACUUAUUAAGUCACUAUAUGUCUGAGAUGAUGGUUGGAAUUUUGAAAAGUCAGCAUUUUCACUUGAGUAAGAAAACUCAGUGUUCCAUCUUUUUUUCUCUUAGACCGCAAUUUUAACAUUUGAUCACAGAAAGGCAUCACCUGUAGUUAUAAACCACGUAUGGCUUGAAAAUCUCAAAUUUAUGCUUUAGCAGGGAAAUGUGGUGGCAAGUGUCAUAUAAAGGGAAGGUGGCAAUAUUACUGAAAAUGUGUGGAAAUUGUAAUAAUAGAUUAAGUGUAAAAUAUCAGAGCACCAGAUUUUCAAAAUGUCGUGCUGUUAUGGAUACAAAUACAAUUGACUGAUUAUUUAAACUUGUCACAAGUACCCCAGGUCAUUUACAAUUUUAUGUUCUUGAUUCAAGCUCAGUUUUUAAAAACACUAGUGUAUCUAAAACACUUUGCAUAAAAUAUGCUGAUUAUUGGGAAAAUAUCCAAUGUAUCUAUUAUUCAUUCAGAUUAUUUUAUGAGAACAAUUCAAUAAAGUGCUGCAUUGUUUGAGAUAUUUGGAGGGAAACACUGUCAAGGGUUUUGAAGAAAAUUCUCAUGAACCUUAGCACCAUGACUUACAAUUCAAUUGAAAAUUUGAACCCAAAUGGUUCACUCUGCAAAACUAAAACUGAAUAUGUAUGUUUUAUGUAGAUAUUACUACCUUCUGUUAAUGAAGUAACAUUUAAGUAAUUGGACCUACAGAAUGAGGCAAAGCAUUGUAAUUUAAUUAAUUAGUAAGGCAAUAAUUGAUUGUGGGAGAAUUAAUUACAGAAUAGAGGCAUUCUUCUUUGUAAAUACAAAUAAAAUGGCAAAAUUUAUUUUUGUAAUAUUGUGUAAGACUUUUCUCCCUGACUGUAACUGUUGGGUUUCUGGAAAAUACAUUCAUCGAUGGCAAAAUGCCCAGACACUUGAAAAACUGGACUAUUUUAUUACUUUAUGUACUUACAGUAGAAGGUUCGCAUGUUUUAUGAAGGACAUUUUCUUUCUUCAGCAGAGGAUACAAAGUCAACCAGCCCUCCAAGUAAAUCUACAGGAUCCUAUGCAGGCUCACAGGGUCAAAUACAGCUAGGGUAUA